CCAUUUUACUUUGGGAUAUUACUCUAUAAGAAGUAAGAGUACACAUCAAUUACCAGCAGAACCUGCCUCAUCUACCAUCAAAAUGAAGUUCGCUAUUGUGGUUGCUCUCCUUGGAGUUCUCCUGGCUCCAACCCUUGCCGAAGAGAACCACAGGGAGGCCAACGGUGAAGGUCCGCACCUUCCACCCCGUGUUGAAGGUCCACACCUUCCACCCCGUGUUGAAGGUCCACACCAUCCACCCCGUGAUGAAGGUCCACACCUUCCACCCCGUGAUGAAGGUCCACACCUUCCACCCCGUGAUGAAGGUCCACACCAUCCACCCAAUGGCGAAAAUCCACACGUUCCACUCCGUGGUGAAGGUCCACCCCGUGGUGAAGGUCCACACCAUCCACCCAGUGGCGAAAAUCCACACUAUCUAAUCCACCAUGGAAAUCCACACCACCUACCCCCUGUUGAAAUUCCACGCCAUCCACCUCGUGGUGAAUUUCCACACCAUCUACCCCAUGUUGAAAUUCCACACCAUCCACGCCCUCAUUUGGUCAACCCUGGGUUUGCCAUCAGGCCGCCUCAGAACUGGAAAACCAUCUGGGAUGCCAAGACCGGCUUCAUCGCAACCAAGGUACUGGGAAAAAACACUUGCAUCAUUAGCAAAGCUGAUACAGGAUUUAACAGAUUUGAGGGAGCUAGCACUGGGUUCCUUCCACCCAUAGAGCAUCGUUACAUGAUCUCAAACAACAGACUCCUGAACCUGUACCCAUAUGGACCACGCAUUCAAAGACUGUGCAGAGGAAUUCCCACUUACUUUGCUUUCCCAUCUCCUGCAUCAAACUUCUCAGAGGAUGAUGCCUCAUGUAUCAGAAACAAGUUCAGAAACAUGUGGUUCACUUACUGCAAUUUAUAAAUUUCUCCUGAUGAAAUUUUGAGGAAGAAAAUACACAUAUCUGCAUAUCCAUGAAGAAGCUUUUUUUUCCUUGAUGAUCUUAUCUUGAUCACAAUGUCAAUCAUGUAUCUGUCUUCUCUUCUGCUCUUGGUGGAGCAUAUUUUCUUUCAGUAAAAUGCAUCAUCAGCC